AGCAGGCCUUGGCUCAGAGGCAUGAGCCACUCAGAAACUUAACGUAGUUGGGCCAACCAUGCUAGAUUGUCUUAGCAACGAGGUCUGUGUGUACCUGGCGAGUUUACUAACGUUCGUUCGGGCGAUUGGGUUUCUUUGUGCCGUUGAUGCUCACCAGAACUUGAUUGUGGCCGGGACGUCUCUUGGUGCCAACUUGCAGGUGUUUGCGACAUGUUUGGCUCUGGCCGGUGUCCCUGUGAUGAUCAUGGCAAACUUUGGAAUGCAUUGGAGAUUUGGAAUUUAUGUGAGACGCUUUGCUCAUUAUCUCGUCGCCUGUCUCGUGUUUGACUGCUUCAUUUUAUGUUUGCUUCCAAUGGGUAGUGACAUGUGCUCUGCAUUGGCCAACCCCUUCGUGCUGAAGUCCGGCCGAAUCUUCGUUUGCGGAUUCAUCAAUGCAGCCUAUGGCUUCUGGGCCAUUGUUUUGUUAUUCUUCGAAAUUCAGAUGGUCCAGAAGGUCCACCUCCAAGCGCAAGCGGUGGAACAGGGCGAGCACACAGAGUUGUUGCGAUACGAAAGGAAGUCGGCAGACCAAACGUACAGAUUUGCCGGGUAGCCGCGAUAGCCUUUGGAACGGACCUUCGGAGAGUUUGUCUUGGCCAAAGUGCUUCUUUGCAUGGCGUCAAAUGUUCCAACUUGUCUUCACUGGCCUCACUGA